AUGUCGAACAUAACGCCGGGACUGGGUGGACCGCGUGGUCACGAACAGUUCCAACAACCGCCAAGUUCAACCAGAAACGUGCGAAGUCAGCCUGGUAAACAAGGAUCUUUGAGAAACAUAAAUGGUACGACUACAAUUCCAGGAAGUACACGACAGCCACUGGUUGAGGGCGUGUUGGAACCUGGACUCGAGACAGAUGGAGAGUCGAAAAAGCUGCUAAACACGUAUAUUUACGAUUUCAUGGCGAAAUCUUCGCUUUCAGAAACAGCUAAAGCGUUUUCGCAAGAAGCGGUGAUCGAAGAAAACGGGAAACGUUUCACUCCAAAUGUGCCUUUUCAGCCGCAAAAUGAUGCUCCUCAGGGGUUUCUCUACGAAUGGUGGCAGAUUUUUUGGGACGUCUUCAACGCUCGAACCCACAGAGGCGGUUCCGAGAUGGCCCAGCAAUACUUCCAGCUACAGUUCGAUUCCAGACGGCAAGAACACACGUAUCGAAACGUGGCCAUACAUGCCGCACGUAUGCAGCAGCAGGUCGAACAACGAGGCGAGUAUCAAGGCGAGGUUUUCGACCCCAUGAUGCUAGCCAUGAUGUUUUCUGGUAACGCUUACACUCCACCUGUACCGACAAAGCCCGAAGGAAAUGGCCGUAGUGGCUACGCAGGUCAUCCCCACACUGCUCCUAAUCACGUUGAUCAAACUCACCUGCGGCAGCAACAAGCUCAGGCUCAGGCUCAGGCACAAGCUCAGGCUCAGGCUCAAGCUCAGGCUAAAGCUCAGGCUCAAGCUCAGGCUCAGGCUCAAGCUCAGGCUCAGGUUCAGGCACAAGCUCAGGCUCAGGCCCAAGCACAAGCUCAGGCUCAGGCACAGGCUCAACAAGCUCAAGCUCAACAAGCUCAAGCUCAACAAGCUCAAGCUCAACAAGCUCAAGCUCAACAAGCUCAAGCUCAACAAGCUCAAGCUCAACAAGCUCAAGCUCAACAAGCUCAAGCUCAACAAGCUCAAGCUCAACAGGCUCAGGCCCAGGCUCGGGCACAAGCUCAGGAUCGGGGUCAAGUUCAAAAUCCCCACUUCCAGGCCCGCUUACAAGGUCAGACACGUAAUUCACCUCAGUCCCAAGUUCAAACCCAACCACCGACGCAAGGACGAAAUUUAGCUCAAGCUCAAAUCAACUCUCAACAAACACGGCAGCGCUCUGCCCCGUUGACUACAAAUCAGAUACAUCAACAGCAGCAACAGCUACAGGCGCAAUUCAAAGCACAAGCACCUCCCGAAUUUUCAUUACAGCAGCAGCAGCAGCAAGAUCAAUCACAGCAUCCACAACAUGUACAAGAUUUCCAAAACUUAAAAGAUUUUCAUCAACAACAUCUUCAACCUUCGCAACAGUUGGGGCCCUCACACAUUCAACUAGCCCAACAUCAACAGGGAGGCUAUGCUCAACAGCAUCAACAGUUUCAAUCGCAGCAUCAACAGUCCAAACAGCAUGAACGGGCACAGCAAGCGCAAAUGCAACCGCAGCCCUACAACCAGGACCUGAUGAUGAACGGCAAUCACAUGGUAAUCAAUGGUGCCAAUGGACCAGUAUACGUGAAUCAUGCUGGGCACAUGAACCCAAAUUAUCCCCCAGCGUAUAUGCAACAAGCCAUGCCACCUCAGGUGCAGCAACAGCAUAUUCAGUGCCAACAACCACAUCAGCCCCAGCGCCAACAACAUCAACAUCAACAUCAACAUCAACAUCAACAUCAAAUGCCAUCGCGGCAACAACAACAACCAAUGCAACCACAAACGUUGCAUCAAAAGCACUCGCAGGUUGCUAAAAGCCCACGCGAACGGCAAAUGAAUCAUUCUCCAAACCAUCAAGUGGUGCCCAAUGCAGCUGCCUUUUCCAAACCAACAUCUGCAGCUACGAAGUCGAACGCAAACGCAGCCUCUCUUGGGCAAUCCAGAGACGCAAACCAGGAAGCGCAUUUCUCGAGUAUGGAAGGUCUAUACAACUACCAGAAACAAUUGUUAAUGUUAGAAAAGGAGAAUGAAAAGGCGAUUGCCAGUAGGUCUACUGCUUCUACUCCAGGAUAUAUGAUGAGCAAAGCUACUCCCGCAGCAGGUUUUGCGGGUGUUUCCCCAUUGGCGGUCAAUUCGAUGAACAGCCCAGCAAGUCUCGGUCCCGCCACAUCGAAGGCUAGGGACGAAUCGAGACGUAAGUCUGCAACGAUUCAAGCUACGAGUCCGUUUGUCAGCAUGGCCAAGAAAAACAUUUCUGAACCUGUCACUCCUAUAGGGCCCAUGACACCUGCUAGCAACAACCUUACCAAGCACGCAACGCACAGCGGACUAUCUACCGUUAAUGAAACACCUCUGGAGGGCUCUGGUGACCCCAUAAACGGGGCUAUGAGUAAGAAGAAUGCACAGAAGAGAAUCAAAAAACCGAAGAAAUUACAGCAAUUGUCGAGUGCGUCCCUGGGCCUCUCGAGCAAUCCAUCCUCGCCCUUAAUGGAGAGCAUGCUAGACGCUAAGAAGGGCAAGUCAUCAGCCCGUGCCAAAUCCAAAAAGGCUACUGCGGUGACAGCCGUGAAAAGCGGCUCCAAAAUAGCGCGUUCUGCCGGUGCAACUCCUCUCACGGCUGACGACGCAAAUCCUGAGAGUGCCGGCAGCAGCAAUGACACUGCUGGAAGUGCAGGCCUGUUCCGGUCAUCUAUGGCCACAGAUCCCGCGCCGCAAACCGACUUAGAUGCUUUGGGACAAAACGAUCCUACUCUUAGCGGCACGACUUACAAUUUUGAAGAGGAAGACAUUUUCAGCAUAAGCAGUGACGUCUUGGACAAAACUGCGCCAUCGAAGAACGCUUCUUCGAAACCGAGCUCCACUCAAUCGCAGAGCCAUGCUCCUAUGGAGGAGCCUUUCAACCUCGAUUUUUUGGAUCCCAAUUCAAACAUGAACUAUACCGAUUUGAACCUGCUCAAUUGGCAGUGA